AUGAAGUCUGCUAUUAUCACUUCCGUUCUCUUUUCUGUAGCUGUCGUCCAGGCAUAUACCCCGGCCGAGCAGCUCGACGUCCAGUCUCACCUAAUUUCCGACCCCAACCAGGUCAAGGGAAAGACUUAUGACUAUGUCAUUGCUGGUGGUGGCUUGACUGGUCUGACCGUGGCGGCCAAGCUGACCGAAAACCCGAAGAUCAAAGUUCUCGUGAUUGAGAAGGGAUUCUACGAAUCCAACGAUGGACCGAUCAUCGAGGAUCCCAACGCGUAUGGGGAGAUCUUUGGAACUACUGUGGAUCAGAAUUAUCUCACAGUUCCCAUGAUAAAUAACCGAACUGGAGAAAUCAAGUCUGGCAACGGUCUUGGUGGCUCGACCUUGAUCAACGGCGAUUCCUGGACCCGCCCUGACAAGGUCCAGAUCGACUCAUGGGAAAAGGUCUUUGGCAUGGAGGGCUGGAACUGGGACAACAUCUUCCAGUACAUGAAGAAGGCUGAGCGCUCGCGCCCCCCGACCGCUGCCCAGAUUGAAGCCGGUCACUUUUACGACCCUGCCUGCCAUGGAACAAAUGGAACUGUUCAUGCCGGCCCUCGCGACAACGGCAAGCCUUGGUCCCCACUGAUGCGAGCCCUUAUGAACACCGUCUCUGCUGUCGGUGUCCCAGUCCAAAAGGACUUCCACUGCGGCCACCCUCGUGGUGUCUCGAUGAUCCCGAACAACCUCCAUGAGAACCAGGUCCGGGCUGAUGCGGCUCGCGAGUGGCUUCUUCCCAACUACGAGCGCGCUAACCUGCAGAUCCUGACUGGCCAGAAGGUUGGAAAGGUUCUGUUCAACGAGACCGCGUCUGGCCCUAAGGCUGUUGGUGUGAACUUCGGUACCAACAAGGCAGUUAACUUCAAUGUCUACGCCAAGCACGAAGUUCUGUUGGCCGCCGGAUCUGCCAUUUCUCCUUUGAUCCUUGAAUACUCCGGUAUUGGUAUCAAGUCCGUCCUUGACACAGCCGGCGUUAAGCAGCUCCUCGAACUCCCUGUUGGUCUCAACAUGCAAGACCAAACCACUACCACUGUGCGGUCCCGUGCCAACAAUGCACCUGGACAAGGCCAGGCCGCUUACUUUGCAAACUUCACCGAGGUUCUCGGCGACCACGCUGCCUAUGGUAUUGAGUUGCUGAACACCAAGAUUGACCAAUGGGCCGAGGAGACCGUUGCCCGCGGUGGUUUCCACAAUGUGACAGCCCUCAAGAUCCAAUAUGAGAACUACCGCAACUGGCUCCUUGAUGAGGAUGUUGCGUUUGCCGAGCUCUUCUUCGACACUGAGGGCAAGAUCAACUUCGAUAUCUGGAACCUUAUCCCCUUCACUCGCGGUUCUACCCACAUUCUCAGCAGUGACCCUUAUCUCUGGCAAUACGCCAAUGACCCCAAGUUCUUGAUGAACGAGCUGGAUCUUCUUGGCCAGGCCGCUGCUACCAAGCUUGGUCGUGAUCUCUCUAGCGCCGGCGAGAUGAAGAACUACUACGCUGGCGAGACCAUUCCCGGUGACCUCCUGGCUCAGAAUGCCACUGUUGAGCAGUGGGAGGACUACGUGCUGAUGAACUUCCGUCCUAACUGGCACGCUGUGAGCACCUGCUCCAUGAUGUCCCGCGAGCUUGGUGGUGUUGUCGACGCUACUGCCAAGGUGUACGGUACCCAGGGCCUCCGUGUCGUUGACGGGUCCAUCCCUCCCACUCAGGUGUCCUCUCAUGUGAUGACUGUUUUCUACGGUAUGGCCUUAAAGAUCGCCGAAUCCGUCCUUGCAGACUAUGCCAAGAAAGCUUAG